AUGUCCUCCCCGUCCUCGUUAGGCCUCUUCCCCUCGGGGCCCACAUCGCCCAACGCGUUUACCCUUUUCCAUCAGUCACCGCGCGAGACGCACGAUAUGUACGCCGCGUUGACGGCGACAACGUCGUCGUCGUCGCCGCCGUCUGACGGACGCGCGCGGUCGUCUUCCUCGUCCUCGACCCUGACCAAAUUGUGGCGAGGGCGUAAUAAGGGGUCGAAGGCUUAA